UGAAAGACCGGAAAUAAGGUUCAGUCGUUAGAGCUCCGCGGGAAAGUCCAGUUAAAAAACCUAACUUUGACACUCCGUUGAUGCAGUUUAUAGUAAAAUAAAACAGAACAUCUAACAGACCGUUAUUGAACGUUUUAUAGAAACUCGUGUGAUGUGUCCUUAAUGGAGUCAGUGCUGCUGAAUGUCUCAAAGGUUUGUUUUGAACUUAGCCCUCUGUGACAGCUAGCUUCAUGUAAAUGCUGCUCAGGUAGUGAGAUAAACAGCAGCUCCGCCUUAGAGAGCCAUGCCUCCCGGUAAACGCAUCCGAAAGAAAACCCUUAAACUUGAGUGUGAGUGGGCUUCAUGUGGAGAAACGUUCAGUCAGAUGGAAAAUUUCUGUAAGCAUGCUGAAGCUCAUCUCACUGAGGAAGAGGAGGAAGGAGAGGAUGAGAGAAACUGUCUGUGGAAAGACUGUGGGUUUUGCUCGGUGGACGGCCUCGAAGAGCUGCGACGCCACCUCCUGUUCCACUGCUACCACACCAAGCUGAAACAGUUGGGUCAACAGAUCCUGGACGCCCAACCAGAACUUGGUAGCUGCUCCAUAGGCAACCACAGCCGCAACAUCAUCCCAGAAAUCCCUGACAAUUUUGUCUGCCUGUGGGAAGAAUGUGAGCAAGCUCCGUUUGAAAACCCAGAGUGGUUUUACCGCCACGUUGAAAUGCACACCCUCUCCAUAGAAAUCCCCACAGGUGAAUGGGAGUUCCCCAUACGCUGUGGGUGGAAAGAUUGCGAGGCUACCACUAAAGGACGCCCUAAGCUGCGGGAGCACCUACGCAGCCACACGCAGGAGAAGGUGGUGGCGUGUCCAGGCUGCGGGGGGAUGUACGCCAACAACACAAAGUUCUUCGACCACAUAAUUCGACAGAAUGCCAUGGAAGGUCAGAGGUUCCAGUGCUCUCACUGCUCCAAACGCUUCGCAACAGAACGGCUCCUUAGAGACCACAUGAGGACCCACGUGAGCCACUAUAAAUGCCCCCUUUGCGACAUGACGUGCCCUUCGCCCUCUUCACUUCGCAGCCACAUCAAGUUCCGUCACAGCAACGAGAAACCAUACAGCUGCGAGUAUUGCGAAUACAGCUGUAAGAAUCAGAUCGACCUGCGUAAACACCUGGAGACCCACAGCAGCGACCCGGCGUACCGCUGCGACGUUCCCGGAUGUAGCUUCAGUUGUCGAACGCUCAGCACCAUGAAGAUUCACCACCAGAAGGAGCAUGAGGGAACUUUUGUUGCUCGCUACAAAUGUCACGUGUGUGGCCAGUGUUUCACCAGAGGCAACAGCCUCACUGUCCAUCUCCACAAAAAGCAUCAGUUCAAAUGGCCCUCAGGACACCCCAGGUUCAGGUACAAAGAGCAUGAGGACGGCUUCAUGAGACUGCAGCUGAUUCGCUACGAGAGCGUGGAGCUGACUGAGCAGUUGAUGAGAGAGAAGCAGAAGAGGCCCGAGGAGGACGACAAUGAGGACAGUUGUGAUGCUGAGGGUCAGGAGCUGGAGGAGGAGGACCCUGCUGCAGCUCUUGCUGCUUCGCAGGUGCAGGUACAACUUAGAGGGCUGUUGGUGGAGGAGCAGAGGACAGAGGAACCAACCAUCACAACUGGAGAGGCUGCUCGGGUAGAAGACGUGCUGUACGUCCUAACAGGAGGGGAGGACUCGGUCAUACUGCAGCUUCAGGGUGCUGCUGCACAGCAACAAGAAAUGCAGGUGGAUUGACUCGACACAGAAUGCAUCAGUGAUGGCGUUUCCCACAUUCUUUGAGACUGUAGAUAAUCCUUAACCCUCAUGGACAUCUGAUGCUGAUUGAUGCUGCCUCUAAAAUGUGGCCUUUUUAUUUAUUCAGUGGAAUGCUCCGACAAAUCAGCCGCAAAUUUUACAGUUAUAUGACUAAAGACAAAAAUAAACUCAGCAGUUUCUUGUUUGACUUGUUCCUGAAAUAAAUUAAAA